GGGUAGUUUGUCUAUCAGUUGUGAAUGCGGGGAACGAAAGAAGUAUGGAAGCUAUUUUUUUAUUUAUCGUGAGUACGAGUAAUUCGCAUUUUUCCGGUGAGUUUUUGAAAAUAGAUGAGGUGGUCAUUGGUCGGAACGUUAACGCUUUAGUAUACUUUGGUGAGGUGGUGUUCAUCAUAGCGCAACACACGAAAGGCACAGAUAGCUAAAGACACAAAGAAUGUGCCGCAGCUGCUUUUCAGCAACAUCCACACAUGUUUGAUCUGUCGGAUGCCGGCCCGAGGGAGAAAAACACAAGCAAGAGGUGGUUCAACGCGAGCUCUAGUUGAUCCGUGGAGAGAGUCAAUCGCGAUCCAUGAACCUACGGUACAGAAACGAUCUACUUCGAUCUCAAACCGUUUUGCAGAAGAAGAUGAUUGGUAAUGCGAAUGUGUUUGUGAUUGGUACGACGAUUGUGUUGUAGGUAAAAUAUCGCACCAACUUGGUCUGCAGAACCGAUCUCGUCGGAUCUCAGACCGUUUUGGAAUGGGACAGGGAACACGACGCGAUGAUUCUGGUACUACGAAUGUGUUGUAGGCACAACGAUAUCUCGUACGGUACGGUACGGUACCGCUUUGCGCGCCGCUUUGCGGUGCGACAGGGAAUGCGACGAUCGAAAAUACGAACGCGUUGUAGGCAAAGCGAUCGCGCCAACUAUAGAGACUAUAAUGAGAUUAAAUAGGACCCCUUGGUGGUUUCUGUUUCGGCGGUGUACGGUACUGUUACGACUCGUCCCGGGUCUCCCGGGUUUCCGGAGAGGGAUCUACCCACCGGAAGUCAAUGGUGGAAUAAUCGAUUCCCAUCCCGUCGCUUCGGAGCUUGGGCGUGAACAUCUUGUGCAUCCUUGCCCUCUCGCUCACGAAUUCGCAGAGGUGUCCCUGGGUUUUCUUCUUGACGACGUCGAUGCCAAAGACGGAGUAGAAUUGUUCCGGCGUUCGCACGGCGCCGAGUCCGUACCGGUCCACGUCGGUGUGGUCCCACUCGGACGGAUCGACUUCCGGAUUCAUGUGGACGAUUCCGAGGAGGCGUUUCAUGGCCUUCUUUCCCGUCCCGGCGUACCUGGAUCCGUUUUCCCAAAAGUGCUUGACCUUCUUUCUUACCUUUGUGUUUGCCCCCGUUGCAUAGUGGUGGAAGCAGACGGACCGCUCCGGGGCGUAAAAGUCGUAUCCCACCGUAAAUCCUCGGAUGCCGAUGCUCAUUUCUUCGCCCUGAAAGAUCAUGGAUUGCAGGUAAUCGUACGGGACGUUGACCAGGAAGUGGCCCCGGGAAAAACUGUAUCCCGCUGCCCACCAGGGCUGGAGCUGCGGUGUGCCGUGUAUGGCGGGAGUCCGUUCCGGCUGGCUUCCGUGCCUUAGGUGCAGUCCCUGGGGUCCGCCCUCGUAAUAGGUGUUGCACAUGAUGGGCCUCGUGUUCCUCAAGCUGUUCCCGUUGGGGCCAAUCGAUCCCUGUACGUCCGUCAGGUAGGUCGACAAGACCGCCAUGUCGUUGUUCGUUGCUUCCAGUUGCUCGAUAAUAUCGGCGUCCCAGUCUGUGGUAAACGUAACGUGGGCGUCCGAUUGAGUGGCGUAGUACUCUCCUCGGUACAGACGGUAUCCCAAGUGCCGGGCAAAGACCGGCCCAACCGAGAGAGGCGCGUCCAUCGUGUACACAUCCACCUGAUCUCUGUACUUGCACAGUGCCUAACGUAAAAUAUAAAAUACACAAAGAAACGUAAAAUACACAAAGAAACGAACGGGCGUCAGGACUCCGAUGCAAGAUUGCAUUGCAAGAUUGCACGAACGAUUGCUCUGCUUCGCUUCGCUUGGCUUCGCUUACCUGUUGGGGAUCCUCGCCGCACGGUUUCACCGGCUCGUCGCACCGGACGUCCUCUCCCUCCACGAUCUGGUCCACGACGCCCACGCGGACCCGCCUCGGGUUUUUCGCCCGGUGGAAGACGCUCUCGAGGGUCAGCCGGCACUCGAAAUCCCGGUACGAGGCAAUCCCGACGAAGAUGGUCCGCUCGUCCGGCGGGCAGUCCUCCCCCCUCGCGCUGGAGCCAUUCGAGGGAUCCGGGACGGCGCAGGUUCCGAUCUUCCUCGCCUGCUCGCGGGUGAACCGCUGCUGGUUGUGGACGGGCGGGGACCAGAACCUCGGCACCUUCAUCACGGUUUCCAGAUCGCCCACGUGGAUCAUCGUUUCGAACUCCUCGUCCCGCACGCUGACGGGCCAGACCCCCGUGGGAAUCGACGCAUUGUUAUCGUUGUUGUCCUUGUUCUUGUUCUUCUUGUCCUUGUUCUUCUUCUUCUUGCGCUUGUACUUGUGCUUCUUCGUCCCGUCCUGGUCUUCGUCUUCUUCCCACGCCUCGCCCCCGGCCAUCCCGGAGUCGAUCUCCAUCUUGGCGAGGUUCAGGUUCCCGCCAAGCCGGUAGUGCGAGAUCCUCGAGGAAAUCUCGGGCAUCGACUGCAUCAGUUCCGCAAAUCCAAAGAGGUACAGCCCCACGAUGGCCGCACCCAGCAAGAGCGCCAGCUCCGUGCUCCGGGAGGACUUUCGGAGCUCGCGGUCGGUACAGACGAUCUCUCCCGGACAGAGCGAACACCCGGACGAGGACGAGGACGAAGACGACGACGACUUGGAACCGCUGCCCUUCACUCGUCGUCUCUGUUUGCCGGCAGAGCUGCUCCCGGCGGUGUCUCUGGAUUCCGCCAUGGUUGUUUGUUACAGUACCCGGGUUCUCGGUUGUCUCUUUUUCCCGGCCGGAAGAUCAAUGCUUUCGAAAGAGCCUUGCCAAAAUGAUGAUUACUGGUAUUGCUGGAUUGGUUCGAGUGUGUGUGUGUGACUGUUGCUGUUGCUUCCAUCACCCUAAGGUACAAGACUAAAAGACUCCUUGAGAA